AUGACAGUCAACGCUCUCACUGUGCCGAGCUAUUCGACACGCUCCAAGCCUUCCUUGCACGUGGUUUAUCAGAUUGUGCUGGAAGACAGCGAGUCGAAACAACCCGUAACUAUUUAUCGACGAUACGGCAAAAUUGCGGCGCUGCACGCUGAUCUGCUGAAGGAAUCCCAUGUGAAACCGCUCUAUUGUCUGCCUCCAAAGUCGAUCUACAAGGUUGGCGGCGGCCAAGGGCAGCUACCACUCGUUCAUACCAUCAAGCCAUAUGCCUGGCUGGACGAGAACUUCUUGGAACAACGACGCAAAGGGAUUGAACAAUACUUGCAAUCCCUGGUGCAAGGUCGCCAUGCUGUUUGGAAACACUGCAAGGCGUGGCAAGACUUCGUCGCCGAGCCAACCCAAGUGUCUUCAAGCUCCGUUCCAGACAACAAGACUCAACCAUCCGGGAACAUCAAAGCUGCCAUCGGUACCUCUGACGAAGCAACUGCCAAUGCAUCACCGUAUAUCGGAGCCAAUUCAUACUAUCUCCACACUCUUCCGGUCGCCAACCGUAAUCUCAUUCUCUCGAAACUUGCUGCAUCAGGUUUCACUGUCAUCCGCAUCUUCAUUAAUCAGGUACUGGCCAACAACAAGAGUAGCGGCAACCAAGCGUACAACGAUGUUGAAGUCGGAAGCGUUGGUAACUGGGACGAUACGGUUCUUGAAGCUAUCGAUAGCCUGAUGGUGGAAUGUCAGAGCCUAGGACUAAAGCUGAUCAUUGCUCUGCACGACCGCUACUCUCUCGGCUGGGACGAAGUGGAUGUCUAUGCGACCACCUAUGGCAUUGUGCCAGCGGGCACGACCGGUGCUCCGAUGGUGACUGAUGCAACCAAUUUCUACACGAGUACUGCUGCUCAGACUGCCUUCGAUGCUCGGAUUACCCAUAUUCUAAACCACGUCAACACUCAGAUGGGCAAUGCGCCUUGGAAGCAGCUGAGCAGUGUAAUCUACGCUAUCGAACCCGAGAACGAAUCCCAGGGCUACAUGGGCUUAGCCAACCCCAGCUGGGCGAACACUCGGGCCGGAACGAUCAAAUCUAUUCUUGGUUCAAACUCUGGCAUCCUCGUGUCCAACGGCGGAGGAGUCGACAUCACCACGAGCACCGACUCGAAUUGGGCGUUUGGGUCAAACUUUGACAUCGUUUGUGUGCAUGAUUAUGGCACUGCGCCGUGGACCAGUGUACCGACCGUGAGUACUGCGAAUGGGCAGGUGAUCGGGAUGGGCAAGAAGCUGUUGUUCGAGGAGUGGGGCGCCGACGGACCCAACAAAGCUUCUAUUAUAUAUGCGUACGUGCAGGCAUGUAACGACUACAACAUCCCAUGGUGUUACUGGGAAGUUGUCAUUCCCGGAGCAGGUACCAACAACUACGAGAUCUGGACCACCGAAUCCAGCUGGUCUGACCUCGUUUCUGGCUGA